AUGAUUUCUCUCGCAUCCAAGGUCUUCACCGUGACCGGGGGCGCUUCUGGGAUGGGUGCUGCCACCUGUCGACUUCUCGCACAACGUGGAGCUGCCGCGAUUGCCAUCGGGGACAAGAAUCCGGCGAAUUUUGAGUCCAUUAAGGCAUCAAUAAAAGAUAUCAACCCCCAGACUCGAGUCACUACGACAGAGCUGGAUGUUUCCGACUCGGCGCAAGUGGAAAAAUGGAUCCAAGACACGGUCAAAACGUUUGGCCGCCUGGACGGCUCGGCCAACGUGGCGGGCGUCGGUCAAAGUUCUGGAGGGCGUAGUGCGCCGACAAUCCUCGAGGAGACGGACGAGGAUUGGAGGAGGACCAUGUCGGUCAACCUGGACGGGAUCAUGCACUGCACGCGUGCCCAGGUCCGAGCUAUGGUGGCGUUGCCCAAAGGGGUUCCGCGGGCCAUUGUCAACGUCUCCAGCCUUGCCUCAACCUUUCACGGGCCCGACAUCUACGCUUACGGCACUUCGAAACGAGCCGUGGUGCACUUCAGCAGCUCCGUCGCCAAAGACGUGUAUCCGUUUGGCCUCCGCGUCAACACUGUUUCUCCAGGGGCGACUCUGACGCCGAUGAGCGAGGUGUUUUUCCCUGGGCAAUCGAUAGAGGAAUCAUCCAAAGCACUGAACAUGGUAUUGAUGGGCCCCGAGUCCAUCGCACGGCCAAUCGUGUGGCUUCUGAGCGAGGACUCGGCGGAUGUAAAUGGCGUCAACCUGCCAGUCGGAGAGGGUGCUCCGUGA